AGUUGCAAAUCGUCCUGACUACUGCCAAGCGAUCUGAAGCUGUUGCGAACUGGUGUGUUGGGAGGACAACCGAGAGCCAUGUAUCAAGGAUAGCAAGGAAAUCGCAAGUACUAUUCUCUCCUGUGAAUAGUGUCUCUUCUGUAGGAAGUAAAGAGACUUAUCAAUAUUCGUCCGUUUACCUGCGAGCGUUAUGUCAGUGGUAGCCCGAGGCGUCCUAUACAAAAAAGAAAGGGAGCAGGAAGAACAUAUUAUGUGACAUCCAUCCCCCUAACCAACGAGUUCGAGGUGGUGUGUUCCACUGAAACCCAAACUGAGCAUGUGAGAGUCACUUCGCCUAUUGGAAAAUACAGCUGUAGAUUGGGGUGACGACAAUGAAAAUUUGAGCCCGACCGGGACUCGAACCUGGAUUUACCGCUUCUAGCGAGCGGUAUCCGAUCCACGGCCAGAUCCCAACUUCCAUUCCAGUAAAGUUGAUAAUGGUAUACACCGGACUUUCAAGUUGGCGCCUAUUGCUUGCAGACGACGUCGCGCGGCCUCUUCCAAAGAACUUGGCGUCUUGCGAGACCUAUUAGAUGUUGCAAUCUAUUUUCACCGAGGUUUCGGUGAAGAUCUGCCUCCACAAGGAAAAUGGCUGGCAGAGUACUAAGGCACUUGGUUAACGGAGUGGUGGCGGCUCCGCUGCGACGAUACAGUAGCUCAGGGCCGAAAAAAGUGACCCUCAUUCCUGGUGACGGUAUUGGACCAGAAAUUUCAGCGUCGGUACAGAAGAUAUUUGCUGCUGCUCAAGUUCCUAUUGAAUGGGAGUCAGUUGAUGUGACACCUGUUAGAGGUCCUGAUGGGAAAUUUGGCAUUCCACAAGCAGCUAUUGAUUCCGUCAAUAGAAACAAAGUGGGCCUCAAAGGCCCACUCAUGACACCUGUUGGCAAGGGCCAUAGGUCUCUCAAUCUAGCUCUUAGGAAAGAAUUUAACUUGUAUGCAAAUGUGCGGCCUUGUAGGUCGCUGGAAGGCUAUCGGACACUUUAUGAUGAUGUUAAUGUUAUUACCAUUCGUGAAAAUACAGAGGGUGAAUACUCUGGUAUUGAACAUGAAAUUGUGGAUGGGGUUGUACAAAGUAUAAAGCUUAUUACAGAGGAAGCAUCUCGACGAGUAGCGGAAUUUGCCUUCCAGUACGCAAAAGAGAAUGGCCGCAAGAAGGUUACUGCAGUACAUAAAGCUAACAUCAUGCGAAUGUCAGAUGGUCUUUUCCUGCGUUGUUGCCGUGAAGCAGCUGAAAAUCACCCUGAAGUAAAAUUUGAAGAGAAAUAUUUGGACACGGUAUGCCUGACAAUGGUUCAGGAUCCCAAUAAAUAUGAUGUUUUGGUGAUGCCCAAUCUGUAUGGUGAUAUCUUGUCAGAUAUGUGUGCAGGUUUGGUCGGUGGACUUGGCCUUACACCAAGUGGAAAUAUUGGCCUGAACGGUGCUCUUUUUGAAUCGGUGCACGGUACUGCUCCAGACAUAGCAGGACAAGACAAAGCCAAUCCUACUGCACUUCUGCUUUCUGCUGUUAUGAUGUUACGCUACAUGGAACUCAAUGACUAUGCAGCACGAAUAGAGCAAGCUUGCUUUGAUACUAUCAAAGAAGAAAAGUAUCGCACAGGGGAUUUGGGCGGCCCAGCAAAGUGCUCGGAAUUUACUAAUGAAAUCUGUCGCAAAAUUGAAGCUUCACAUUAGAAAAUGUUAACGAAGACAAUAAAACCCACUUGUUAAUCAACUAUAUUGUUGAUAGUUUGUAAAGAGUUUGAAUUGUAAAUGAACAGCUUAGUAAUAUUUAUUUAUUGUUGUAGGAAACUGCAAAUUCUCAAGUGUUAUUUAUUUAAUUACUAGUCUGUCUUUUAUAAUUGUAAGACAUUAAUGCCAAAAACUGUUAGUCAUGUCCUGUGCCACAGUGAUGGCAUUAAAGACAAACUAUGUUGAAUAAAGCCCAGAGUUGUGUGAAUAAAUAUUAUUAUUUUUUAAAUA